UUUUGGCUUGGUGCCCAUCAUACGAGCAGGUCUCCUGGGAACGGUUAGGCUUCAUGGCCUAACGCACAUUGCAUGUAAGAGACGGAGUAUCUGUCAAUUGUAUGUGUGGGUAAAGUUUGUUCGUCAAAAUACAGCAUGUAUUUAUGUGUGGUUAAAGUUUGUUUGUCAGAAAACAGCAGAAAUUUGAAAAUGUUUUUACAGACACAGUUUGCUACUCUCUAACUCUUCAAAAGUCUUUACAGUCUGAGAAGUUUGUUAAAAGCUAGCAUUAGGCCAUGCUGGAAGACAGAUAGUGAGCUGAGCAGCAGAUGCAUGAAGCCCAUCAAGGCACAUGGAAGGUAAAAAUAGCCACUUCCAUAAUGGUCAAUUGUAAUGCUAACACACUUUAUAGUUACAAAUGCUAUUGACUGAGCUAUUGACUGCUGUUGAAUUCUCAGACACUGGUGCAGCUCACGAUCCCUUUUUCAAUAGCAUAUUUGUUAGUUACUUAAAGCUUUACUGGGGCUGUAAAUAUUUUUUAGCAAUUAUAAAUUUACCAUGUCAUAAAUAUCAUCUGAUUAUUGAUAUUUAAUGAGAUUUAAAGACUGGUCAAAUCUUGAAGUGAAUGUCAGAGUCCUGUCCAAAGGUAUUGCAACAGAAAGCCUAAGUCUUUCAUUUCCUGAUCUUGCAUCUAGAUGUGUUAAACAAAAACAUUGCAACAUGUGACUGACAGCUGGUUUUUUCUGCCUAGGUGUGACCUGUUUGAUUUGUUGAAACAGCUAAUAGCACUGAAUUGCUCUUAGCUUGAACCCUGGGUUUCACCUGUAAGGACUGCAAUGAUUGUUAGAAGGGAUAGACCAGCAUAAAGACAAGAGAGCUGUCUAUGGGUGGGAAAACAUAGGGCAUAACCAAUAUAACAAUUUAGAAUGUGCUGGAAAAAGAAAAAAAACAACCAAUCAAGAGGUUGUCCCAGUAAAACAUUGUGACGGUUGUAAAGAAAAUCCCCAAAACAAAAUGAGUGACAUCAAUAAUGUCCACAGCACAUGGGUGAAGGUAUCGCAAGUCACUUUUCAAAGAAAAAUUUGAGAGCAGAAAUAUAGAGGCCACUCUUUAGCAGUAAGAAUCAGAAGGCCAGAGUGGAAUUCAAUAAGAAAUACAUGAGCCACAAAAAUUUUGGAAUCAAGUUAAACCUCAACCAGAGGGAUAGAAAGGUCGAUGUGUGGUGAAAGAAAGGAUCUGCUCGUGCUCGAAAACAUACAAGCUCAUCGGUCAAGCACAGUGGAGAUAGCAUCAUUUAUUGAUGGUAGCAGCAGAAUGAAUUCAGAAAUCUACAGAAACAUUGACUGCCAUUGUCCGACAAAGGACUUCAUCAAGGGGGGAAAAAUGUAGGGUUUCAAUCACCACACCUAAACCCAUUGGAUGUGGUAUCUUAGUGGUUAAGGUGUUGGACUACUGAUCAGAAGGUUGUGAGUUUGAAUCGCAGCUGCCACUGCUGAGUCCUUGGGCAGGGCCUUUAACCCUCAUUUGCUCAGAUAAAAUGUAAGUUGCUCUGGAUGAAGAUGUCCGUAAAUGUAAACCUUAUUGAACAGCAUUUCACCUCCUGAAGUGACUUGGACUAAAGGGAGGAAUUCCACAAAAUAAACAACUAAAAGAAGCUCUGGUACAAGCCUGGAAAAACAUUACAAAAGAAGAAUGUAACUGUGUUUGGCUUUCAGUGUGUCACUGGCUUGAUGCAAGCAAACUAAAUGUGUUUAUUUUCUCUCAAUGUUCCAGUAUGUUUCCUCAUCUAAACAUUGCGUGGUCUGACACCAAAUACGCCAUGUUCUAAGUUGUGUAAUACAACAUGAUGUCAAUAUCAGGAUAUUUAAAGCUGAAAUUCUGAUCCGUUUCAUAUUCAUCUUUUAUUCUCAAAACCAAAUGUGUCCAGUGUACAGCAAAAACAUGUAUUUACAUUUAUGAUAAUUGGGCAUUUAAUUAUUUUGUACUGUACACUCCUUUUAGUGAGUCAUGGUCAUGUCAGCACCACAGUAACUGUCAGUCUUUCUAGCCAGAGUUAUUGCAGAAGCUCCUGGUGAGGAAUUUGAGCCCUGCAGCCCACCCUAUCUGCUGUGUGUACACAAACAGCCACACAUGCAUGAUAUCCCUUCCCCCAUUGGCCUGGAUAGGCCUUUGCAUGCCUGGAUCACCUCCUGAUUUAGCCAGUGCUGUACCACUGUGCUUUGCUCAGGGUGACUGAAGAGCAGUUGGAGUAUGGUUAAGUCUAUGCAGUGAAACUGUGAACCCCUAACCGACAGACAUGGACCCUUUCCCUGAGGCUCCCUAUACAGAAGAUGACGGUCUUACAAUGAAAGCUUUAGGCCCUGCUCGAGAUCCUGAUACACAUGUCUACACCAAGUUCUUCAUGAACCACUGCUGCUAUGAUGCCAUACCAACCAGCUCUAAACUGGUCAUCUUUGACACAACACUGCAGGUAAAGAAGGCAUUCUUUGCAUUAGUCGCUAAUGGAGUCCGAGCUGCACCUUUAUGGGACAACAAGCAGCAGUGUUUUGUAGGGAUGCUUACUAUAACAGAUUUUAUUAACAUCCUUCACCGAUAUUACAAAUCACCUAUGGUUCAGAUAUAUGAAUUAGAAGAGCACAAGAUUGAAACCUGGCGAGAGAUCUACCUUGAGUACUCGGUCAACUCUCUGAUCAGCAUCACUCCAGAAUCCAGCCUCUUUGAUGCUAUUUACUCCUUACUGAAGAACAAGAUUCACAGGCUGCCUGUUAUCGAUCCGGAAUCGGGAAACGUUCUACACAUACUGACCCAUAAACGCAUCCUGAAAUUUCUGCACAUCUUUGGUUCCAUGAUCCCAAAGCCUCGAUUCUUACAGAAGCGAAUUCAGGAUGUUGAAAUUGGAACCUUUAAGAGGAUUGCCACAGUCCAGGAGACUGCAACAGUUUAUGAGGCAUUGUCAGUGUUUGUUGAACGCAGAGUAUCAGCCCUGCCUGUUGUGAAUGAACAAGGAAAGGUGGUGGCCCUUUACUCCCGUUUUGAUGUCAUUAACCUGGCUGCUCAAAAAAAUUACAAUAACCUGAGCAUGACUAUGCAAGAAGCCAUUGAAAGCCGCUCAUGCUGCGUCGAGGGAGUGCUUAAGUGUUAUCCACACGAAACCCUGGAGACUAUCAUUGAUCGCAUUGCUGAAGCAGAGGUACAUCGUCUAGUUUUGGUGGAUGAACAGGAUAUGGUGAGGGGAAUCAUCUCACUGUCUGACUUGCUGCAGGCAUUGGUCUUAACACCUGCAGGAAUCUGGUCUUUUUUCCAGGAAAAUUUUCUUUACAGAAACAACAUUCACAAUUCAUAGAGGUCAGUGUUAGUUAUCUAGUCUUUUUAGUUAUUAGAAUCUCUUUCAGGAACCUUUGGGUUCUCCAUGAUGCUGUCAUUAUACUGACACAAACUCACAAACCUGGAUUAUUGUCUAUACAUGCUAGUGGACACUUGACCAUCAUGCUGAGAUGCACCUGUUGAACAUCUCAUUCCAGAUGUAGUCCACCACUGCUUUUAUAAUAACCUCCACUCUUCUUAGAAGGCUUUCCACUAGAUUUUGGUGUGGCUGUGCGGAUUUGCUCAUUCAGCCACAAGAGCAUUAGUGAAGUCUUUCUGACUCUGCCUGAUCCAUCUAGACGCUCUAUCCCUGGUUGGAGUCUCGCCGUGUGGUGGUGUUCACUGCUGCUUUGGAUAGGUCGCGGACAGCCUGUGACCGAGGGGACUGCUAUGGAUAGAACCACUUGAAGACCAUCACACGGUCACUAAACUAUCGUUGCAUGUCAGCUUGCGACAGCAAGGAAUGUUAAGUCUAUAAUGAACUCGGAAACUACACUGACCUAACAGUUCCUGAAGAGCUCUUGGUUGCUGUUGUAGAAAAGACAUUAUUUACAUUUGCAUUAUUUACUGUCCAGUAUCACCCAUAUGAGGAUGAGGUUACCUUCUGAGCCUGGUUCCUCUCAAGGUUUCUUCAUGUCAUCUCAGGGCUUUUUUUCUUUUCCACCGUCGCCUCAGGAUUGCUCAUUAGGGAUAAAAUAGUAACUAAUAUAUUUUUCUAUGUUUCUAUACUUCUGUAAAGCUGCUUUGAGACAAUCUCCACUGUUAAAAGUGCUUUACAAAUAAAUCGAAUUGAAAAUUGAAUUGACAUUAAGAUUAAAAAAAACAUGGGGUUAUAAAAUCAAGGUGGGAAAAUAACUGAGUAGAAUUAUUAUUUAACUCAAUACAGGCACGAGUCGAAGCAAUGGAUUAUCAAGCUACUUGAAAUAUUGAGUGACUUAAAAAAAAGACUGAUGGUAAUGAUGUGUAUUUGUUUAUUGUAACUGAAUGUAAUGUAAAAAGAAAAAUUCACAUUUGGAGCAUUUCUGAGUGUAAAGUGUGUUCUAUUAUAUUAAUUAGUGGUAAUCAGAUAAAUAAUUAGUUGCUGAAAAUAAAACUUUUGUUUAAAUAAAUCUUGCUGUGUAACUCAGUUUCUUAAUGAACAUUCACACAUUAAUGAAAUAUUUAUUCUGAAAGGAUUAAAAUGACAAAGUACACAUUCAAAUUUUGUCAUAUACACAAUCAUACACAGAACACAUGUAGUGAAAUGCAUGCAUUUACUGUCCAUGUUAUAUAAAAAUAGUUUAAAACUGUUAUGAAAAGAGUCAAAAAAUGGAAGUGACAAUAAGGAGAUACAGCUCUGGGGGGAAAAAAAAGAGAGACCACUGCAAACCCCAAGAUCAUGCAGUAUUUGCAGAGCUUUAAUAACUCAAAUAAAACAAAAUACAAAUAAACAAAUAGUGUUAAUGCUUUGGCCUGUGUUUGUGGAUACUGCUGGAAGCUUUCCCUUUGGGAUGAAUAAAGUAUCUCUCUCUCUCUCUCUCUCUCUCUCUCUCUCUAUAUAUAUAUAUAUAUAUGUAUAUGUAUGUAUCUAGAUAGAUAGAUAACAUUAAGAAAUCAGUAUUUGGUGGAAUAACCCCGAUUUGCAUGUGUUUUGGCUCCAUGAUCUCCACCAGUUUUUCACAUUGCUGUUGGGGAACUUUAUACCACUCUUCAAACAGCUCAGCUUUACUUGAUGGUUUGUGACCAUCCAUCUUCCUCUUGAUGACAUUCCAGAUGACAUUCAAUAGGGUUCAAAUCUGGAGAUUGGGCAGUGGUCUCUUAUUUUUUUCCAGAGCUGUAUAUAGAAAUUUGUAUGUGGUUUAUUCUGUUAAUACUAUCUAUACUAUAAUAACCCAGUGUUUCUGUGUGUUUUGUAGUAACCCAAUGUAAAAUCCCAAAUACAAAGUUCAGUGCAUCAGGUGCUCCGAUCUGCAUAUUUACCAGGGGUGUAUUUGCUAUACCAGUUUCUCACAUCCUGGAUUUGCUUGGCAAACACUGUCCUCAGUCAAAAAGCACAUGUACAACAGUGUUUUCCUCAAACUUUGUGUAGUUAAAUUGUCACUGCAAACUGUUUUUUUUUUAUCAAUGAGGUUCUGUCAUUAAACAGAUAAUGGGUUUAGCAGCUACGACUGGACACUUUUGAUUGAUUGGUCAUUGGUGUGCUAUGGUAACAAGUGGCUUUAGCAUUUUAUGCAGUUUUAAUACAGCCCAUGUGAUAUGUGAUGCCAUUAUACUAGUGUAAACAUGGUUAUGACUCAUGUGACAU